UAUGCGGAAGUUCCAGUUCCGUUCUGUCCAGUUGACUUCGAGGCUGAGAAGAGACGGACUAAAGUCACGCUUCUCUCUGCGCAGCGGACCCGGCUUCACCACACAAGGUAAAAUCAUGAGCAGCAGCUACGGUGUCUCCCUCGCUGGCCCCGCCCCCUGGGGCUUCAGACUGCAAGGCGGGAAGGACUUCUGCAUGCCCCUCACCAUCUCACGGCUGACUGAUGGAGGCAAAGCAGCCAGAGCCAAGAUGAGUGUUGGAGACGUCGUCCUGUCCAUUAACGGCAUUUCCACCAAUGGCAUGAAUCACCUGGAGGCCCAGAACAAGAUCAAGGCCGUCACAGGCAACCUGAGCCUCACCCUACAGCGACCCUCCAGUGCCACUAAAGAUGGAGCACCUAAGGUCGAACCUCAGGAAAUCAUUAAGCCUGUCCCCAUCACUCACCCUGCCCCGAGCACCGCAUACACCAAGCCGCCGGGCCAGCUCGCUCCCACGUACACCAAGACCGCCCGGCCCUUUGGGGGGGGGGACGGCGGCGCGGCCACGGCUCCCUCCCCGGCUGCCCCCGCCAUUCCCUCACAGUCCUCCGCUUUCAAGCCCGCCGCUCCUUCCCAACCGCCGGAGCCCCCGUUCCUGCUCAAGUCGAGCCUCCCCGCCGCCGACUCCCCUCCGGCCAACUCGGCUCCCAGGGCCGGCCCCGCUCGCCACGCCUUCACUUCCCCGUCCGCCUCUUCCUCUUCGUCCAACUCCUCCUCGCCAGCCAGAGUGACGACCCCCUCCUGCCACCCCAAUGUCCCACAGCCCUCCGUCUAUAACACCCCGAUCAACCUCUACUCCAACACCAACGCCUGCGAGGCGGUCAUUGGCCAGAGACGCGGCCUUUUGGAGAGCCAAGGGCUGUCGGAGCCCUUCAAUGGGAAGCCCAAUGCGCAGCCCGUGGAUCAUGCGUCCCCACUGAGCGACGCCAGCAAGAAGCGGCUGAUUGAGGACACGGAGGACUGGCACCCGCGAACCGGCACCUCCCAGUCCCGCUCCUUCCGGAUGCUCGCUCAGCUCACCGGCACCGAAAACGAGGCCGCUCCGGAGAACAGUGCGAAGAACGAGGCAGUUGACAGAACCGCGCCCGCCCUGCACACCUCGCCUGCGGCGAAAACAUUUUCCAAAUCCGCAGCGUCACCGAGGAACAACGCGGUCGCCGCUCCCAUGUUGAAGAGCUCACCGGCCCUGAACGCACCUCGGGGUUCGCCAGGUACAGGUGUUCCUAAGGUUGGAGCCGCUCCUUCAUUUGGCAAAGUUACCAACCCGCCUCCGAAAGGUCCCGAUCGUCCCGUCCCGCAGCCGCAUCCGCAGGACCUCAACUCUGUGGUGCAGCGGGCCGAGCACAUCCCCGCCGGGACGCGCACCCCGAUGUGCAACAAGUGCAACACCGUCAUCAGGGGCCCAUUCCUUGUGGCCAUGGGCAUGUCGUGGCACCCCGAGGAAUUCAACUGCGCUCACUGCCACUCCUCCCUGGCAGAGCGUGGUUUUGUGGAGGAGAGGGGCCAAGUGUACUGCGAACGUUGCUACGAGCAGUUCUUCGCUCCCACCUGCGCCCGCUGCCAGCAGAAGGUUCUGGGAGAGGUCAUGAAUGCCCUGAAACAGACCUGGCAUGUGUCCUGUUUCGUCUGUGUUGCCUGCAAACAGCCAAUCAGGGGCAACACGUUCCACAUGGAGGAUGGACAGCCGUACUGUGAAAAAGACUACUACCAGCUAUUUGGGGCCAGUUGCCACGGCUGCGACUUCCCCAUUGAGGCAGGGGACAAGUUCCUGGACGCACUGGGAUUCACCUGGCAUGACACCUGCUUCGUGUGCGCGGUGUGCUCUGCCAGCCUGCAAGGUCAGGCGUUCUUCUCCAAAAAAGACAAGGCUUUGUGCAAGAAACAUGCCCACGCUGUCAAUAUCUGAGCUGCCUGAUGUGGAGGUCAACGGGGUCAUUCUACAGCCAUUUAUAUUUCAGUCAGCUGUUUUCAGAAUUAACAUUGGGUCGGAGUACAUUUAAAUACACCCUUUGCCCCUCCCUACCACUCCCCCUGCCAGUUUUAAUGUUGCCUGCCAAAGCACAUGUUUGUGCUAAGCUUUUUAUUUGUGUCUUGAUGGGUAUUUUUUUUUCACACGGAAUAUGAUAGUUUACUGCAAUGACCUACUGAGCCCCUCAGGGGUCACAUAUUAUUAAGAAAUAAUGAUGGGGAACGGUCUGCUAAGAGUUUAGCGAGUGAACGGUUUAAAAAUCAUGAUUAUUUAACAGUAAAUUAUUUAUUUGUAAGCACGGUUUGCUCAGUCAACCGGCAUUCAGCAGCAAAAAGACUUCAGAACCUAAAUGAGAAAUUUUAAUGUUACCUUUUUGUUUGUAUUGUUCUAAAAAUAUGUGAUGUGUAACCAUUUCCGGGUAAUAGUUAUGUAUAAAUUAGUGUGCAAAUUACACACUGUAAAGUUUCAGUGUUAAAACUGCGUACAAGUGAUUUUAUCAGGCCAAAGGUCAGUUUUUACUGAGACAACCCCAUUAUGGAUCAAUUGGGUUUGUGUGCUAUGUUUUGUUAUUCCUUUUCUCAUGCUUCCAGUGAAUACCGCCAUAAAACUUUUCAUUAAACUUGCUCCUGGCAUCAAAUACA